GUGGUUACAUAAAAUUAUAUUCGUAUAAUAAAAUCAAUGUAAAUGUAUGUAACAAGUAAUGUAAUAAUAAUGAUAGAACAUUUUUAAUACUCGCGUCUGGUUAGAUUUUAUACUUUAACAAAAAUGAGUCAAACACAUCUAAGACGACGCUAUCUUUUUUACUUCUAUGACUAAAGAAAUUAUCCGCCAUUAUCGUAUAUGGUGUAUAAUAUGCAUCAAUGGUUAUAAAGAAGCAAAAAUACAUUUAAAAGAUGUGAAAGCAAUAAUAACGUAUUUCGUUCUACAUUCAUUGUGUUACGUAUAUUAUAAAUGAAAUGUAUAUCAUUAUCAAAAUGAAAUGCAUGACUUAACAUCGAAGUGUUAAAUGAAGCUGUGUAUUAGAAUAGAAAUAUAUGUAGAUAUUUUAUAUUAAUAAACGAAAGAAUUAGAACUUAUAUAAUUUCUUUUACAUUGUUGAAAAUGUCAAUAGAAUAUAGUAGGAGUGUCUUAAAAAUGGUGGUUGCUCAAAUUUGUCAAACGAUUGGAUGGCAUUCGAUCAAUUCUACACCAUUAGAAUUUAUGGUUGAUCUUAUGCAAGAAUAUAUUUUACAAAUUUCAAGACUUACUCAUCAAUAUGCAGAAAUCUUGGGAAGAACAGAAGCAAAUCUUGAUGAUUUGGGUUUAGCAUUUCAGCAUAUGAAUAUCGAUAUACAAGAGUUAACAGAAUAUAUAAAAAAUGUAGAUUCUGUCCCAUGUCCAGUAACAGUACCAAAAUUUCCAAUUCAACGUGAAAAUCAUUUGAAUUUUUUGAAACCUGGAAGCCGGGAAGUUGUAACAAGGCCCGUACAUGUACAUGAACAUUUACCAGCCAUGUUUCCUGAUACUGAAGACGAAUAUAUAGCAGAAAAAGCAGAAAAUUUAUUAAAUGGAACAUCUGACUUAACAUUGAAUAAUGGGACAUCAAGUAACAGUUCUAUAAAUGUAUCUCCUCAUAGGAUGUCACCACAAGUAGUAUUUAAGCGACCAGGAGAUCCUGUCUCAUUUGAAAGCCCUAUAACAAAGCGUAUAAAAGUACUGGAAGAAGGUAGACCAUUACGUGAAAUACAUAGCGUCAUGAUGACUACUUCAGGUUUUUUAUCACCUGCUCGAGAAGGAAAACUACCUGAAGCAAGAACCCCACAUCAAACUUGUUCAGACUCGUCACAGCCUAGUUCUUACCCUAUGGUACCUCCUGAAUUAAAGUAUGAUAAAAAACCGAAAAAGAUUAUAAAGAAAGGAUUAGAAGAUUGUAAACUUGAUAAAGAAAAUAAGAAAAAGAAUCGCGCUAAGGAAUUAUUUAAACCAGAUAAGAUAGACGAUAAUAAAAUUAAAAAGUUGGCUGGUAUGAAAGAAUUAGCUAAAUUAAAACCUUUAAAGUCAGUAGGUGGGAAAUUACAAAGUACUAUGCCAAGUUCAUCAAACAGACCAUCUACUCCUAAAUUAGUAUCACCUAAAACAGCUAUUAGUCCAAAAUUACAAAAAAGUAUACAACCAAAGACAAAACCAGAAAAAUUAGUCGACGUUACUGGUAGAUCCCCACCAUCUAAUGAAAAAAAAGAGGACACUAUUGAUAAACUUCCAUCAGAGCCAGAUAAGCAAAAAUUGAACAUUUUUAAAAAGAUUUCAAAACCACGAGAGGAUAAAGAAAAAGACAUAUCAGAACAACAUAAAUACAAAGAACUUGAUUCAAGAGAAAGUUCACCUGGUUUAGUUAUUGAUGAAAAUAUAGAUAAACAAGCAUUGCGUAAUGAUACUGAUGUGAAACGAGAAGAAAAAAAGACUCCACAUACGCCAGACGUCCACCUUCAACCAGAUGGAGGAGAACUAAUUGGUUUACAAAGUCCAGGAUCAGACGUUUACAUGUUUGAUGAUAUGUCACCACCAGGAACUCCCAGUACACCAAGAACUCCGGAAUUGAACAUGCCCACAACACCUACAGAUCAUAAAAGGAAGAGAAAAGAAAAGAUUAAUAAAAAAAAGGAAUUGAAAUCAAGAAGCCCAAAGCAUUGCGUUAGUCCAAAAAAGACAAAGAUUAUCAACGAUGCGCCAGAACAGGAUAUACUAGAUCGACCGAAAACACCACAGGCACCUGAACCUCAGAUUUCCAAAGAACCAAGUUUUCCACCGACCCUUCCAUUUCCUUUUUUCUCAACAUUUCCUUCAGCGCCUGGUUUAAUACCUCAUCCAAUGUUUCCUAGAUUUCCAUUACCUAUAGGAAGAGGUAGUAGUGGCGCUCAUCCGGCAAUGUCAAAUUUACCAUUACCACCUCGCUUUUUAAAUUUACCACCAAAAUCUGAAGAUUUCUCCACUUUACAAAAAACCAAAUCUCUCGAUCGGGAAAAGCUUCCUUCAACACCUUCCUCUACUGAAGCAACGCUUCCAAUGACAAAACACGAAAAAACGGAAAGAGAAAAAGGAGAUAAACCAAAGGCGGUUAAACAGGACAAAGAGAUACCUCCACCAGUUCCUACGAGUACCGUUGCACCGCCUUUAUCAUCUGCACUUGCAGCACCAAAUAUGUACCCUAAACCAGUACCUAUUGUGCCGUUAUUAUCUUCAAAAAGUCCCAAAAUUGAGAAACAGGAUAAAAAUGAUAAGAAAUCAAAGGAACAUAAGAAAGAAAAAAAAGAUAAAUUAAAAAAGAAGAAAGAUAAGAAAGAAAAGCACAAAGAGAAAGGGGAGAAAAUAAAAGAAAAAAGGGAUAAAAUGGAUAAAAAGGAAAAGCUGGAUAAAAUCAAAGAAAAGAAAGAAAAAAAAGAUAAGCGAAAAGAGAAAGAGAAAGAAGAUAAAAGUUCAGAAGCUGUACCAAAAAUAACACUAAAAUUAGGUACAGCUUCUCCAAGACCCCCAACUCCUGAUGCUGCUCCAAUGAAGAAAAUGGAAAUGUGUUAUAGAACUAUAAAGACAUUGCUGAAGAAGCCUGAGGAUGAGACGAAACGAGAACCAAGUCCCGAGUUGGCGAAAAUAUCAGCAUUAGUAACGCGACCGCCAAAGCAAAAGUCGGCAAGUAAGAAAACAGAGGAGGGAACGUUAGAUGGAAGCCCUGCUCUUCCUACAGAUACUUUCUCUGCCAAUCUUACUAGUGUGCCACUUGCAACAGUUCCUCGAGCAAAGAAAUCUCUCUUCAAAGCCUUACCUCAAAGAGAGACUCCUCCAUCUCAAUUUGAUCCUGCUCCUAAGCUCCCACCUCCUCUGACGCAACAACAACCACCACCAUAUUAUUUUAGACGAAAGCAGAUGCAGCUCUUAAAAAGGAUGAUGCUAAGGAAGACAAAGAAAAUGGCAGGAUUGCGCUGCCCCCAACACCAACCACUACUGUGGAUCAAGGUGGUCAUAAAGUUUGGUUCUGUCCUGCAUGUGGUAACCAAGAUGAUGGAUCACCUAUGGUUGGUUGUGAUGAUUGUGAUGCAUGGUAUCAUUGGGUGUGUGUUGGUAUGCAAGUACCACCAGCUGACAACGAGGAUUGGUACUGUCGCACCUGUAUAGCCAAAAAACAAGAACUUCAUCACGAUAAAAAGAAGAAAAAGAGGAAGAAAAAGGUGAAAGUUGCUGCCUAGUACAAGCUACCCGGGUCUUGUAUAAGAUCCGGUAUAGGGAUUCAAACUACUACCAAAGUUAAAAAAGACAGCAAGCUUGGUUUAAAGAGUAUAAAAAGCAAGAAAUUAUCAAAAGCAGAAGUGAAGUUACAAAUGAAAUCAUUAAAAGAAAAAUCUCUACCAAUCAAGGGAAAGUCUGGGAAAACUAUAGUGAAGGUUAAGACUGUAAAGAAACAGAGCAAAAAAAUGAAAGAUAGUGCAAUCCAGUUGAAUUAGAAAAUGUUAUCUUUUGUGAUCAUUAAUAUAAAUUUAUGGUUUAAUUUUAACACGUUGAUAGCUAAUUGAAAAAGUGAUAAGAUCAUAUAAUAUUAAUUUUUUGCAAUAAUUAUAUUCUUUUUGUGAUGAAAGAAAUAUACAAUAUUUAUAUUAUACUAGUAGAAUAUACAAUGUAAUAUAUGUACAGCUAUAAUUAAUUUGAUACAAUUUCAAAAUGAUACAAAUUAUAGAACAAUAAUUCAAUUUUCGAACAAGUUUAAACUUCUAGUAAAAUAAAUUUUCACUCAGUUUAUUUCUGGACUAAGCUUCACUUUAUUUGUUGAAUUCGAAAAUAAUUAAUAAGUGGUAUUUUCAAUACAUUUGAAACUAUGUUAGAGAUAUUUUCUUGUGAUCACUAUAUCCAAGUUUGUUCAGAAUCCUUUUGAUCUUUUUAUUUUAGAAAAAGAUACAAAAUUUAGAUAUUAUUACAAAUAUUUAUUAUAUUUCAUUUAUAUCUAUAUUAAUUCAAUUAAUUAUUUAAGAAAAAUAACUGAACUUAAUAAUAUGUUACAGACGGACUUCAUUUUAUAUUUUCUUUUUUUUCAUACAUUAAAUUAUUAAUAUAGAAACUAAUUGUUAGUAAAAAUAUUCUUAAAGAUAUCUUUGAUCUUAUAUAGUUUGAUAUUGAUUAUGGUUUUCAUAGCAAACCAUCUGUUAUUUAGAUAAUUAGAUAAAUGACGUUUGUACUUUUUGAAUUUCGUAUAUUUUUAUGUAUAAUAUACAAAAUUUUUAUGUACAGAAUGAGUUAAUUAAAUCAUAUUAUAUCAAUGAGAUGCCUAAUUUUCUAUAUAGAUGUUUACAAGAAUUAUUUCUAUAUUUAUAUCAUGUUUACAAAUUUCCUGAAAAUUUAUAAAAAAGAAUAUGUUUCUUCUCAAGGACUAAAAUUAUAAACUUUAAUAGUAUGAAAAAUUAAUAUGAAAACAGUAAAAAUACAAAUAUAGAUAACAUAUUUUAUGUAUAGCAAUCAACGUGUUAAAACUGAUAAUGUAACAUUUAAAAAUCAGUCGCGAAGAUUCUAUUUUCUUUUCUUGAAGCAGGAAGAUCUGCAUAAUAUAUUUUGUACAUUUUUUCACCUAUACAUAUUUACUGAAUUCAAAUCAUCCCAUAACUAUGAACCACAGUAACUGUAAUUGUAAAAGAAUUUGCUGAUUGUUUUGCACUUAUAAUAUUAACCCUUACAACUCUGACUAUUUCUACAACUUGUCCUUUGUUUUGUAAAUAAGAAAUUUUAUGUGUUUAUGGUUUCCAAAUAAUUGUGAAACUUAGAUGCAUGGUGUACAAUAUAAAAUAUAUUUUUUAUAGAAAUAAACAGCAUUGCUUACCACAUUGAUACCUACAUGGAUAGAUUUACUCAUUUUAUAGACUGAUAAAAAUCAUUAAAACGAGUAGAUCUAUCUGUUCUGUUGACAAUAAAAAUAUUGAUAAAUAAAUAUGUAUCAUACAAUUUAAUUUCUAUCACCUAUAACGAUUCUUUGCAUUAGAAUUUAAUUAUUAUACGUAAAGAUGGUAUUACAAAAUAUAAUUGCAUGGUUGGGUCUCAAUGUGAUAAGAACAAAAACUUAGUCAAAUGAAAUAUUACGAUUUAA